AUGCCCAGCCCUCUCAUAACACACCUCUACACCGCAGACCCCUCUGCUCACGUCUUCAACAACACACUAUACAUCUACCCAUCCCACGACCGGGAAACCACCAUCGCCUUCAACGACAAUGGCGACCAAUACGAUAUGACAGACUACCACGUCUUUUCCAUGGACUCAAUCGACGGCCCCGUCACCGACCACGGCAUCGCACUCUCUGCCAACGACGUUCCCUGGGUCUCAAAGCAGAUGUGGGCUCCCGAUGCAGCAUUCAAGAAUGGGAAAUAUUAUCUUUUCUUCCCCGCACGCGACAAGAAGGGUAUAUUUCGGAUCGGCGUUGCUGUUUCCACCGCUCCCGAGGGUCCGUUUGUUCCCGAGGAUAACUUCAUAAAGGGGAGUUAUAGCAUUGACCCGGCCGUUUUUGUGGACGAGGACGAUAAGGCGUAUUUGUAUUUCGGGGGGCUUUGGGGCGGGCAGUUGCAAUGUUGGAAAGGCGGCGAGGGGGUUGGAGAGGAUGGGGUGGAUGGUCUGGCCUUUGAUGCUUCGUUGUCUGGUCCUAAUGAACCGUCUGGUUCUGGGGUGAAGGCGCUCUGUCCUCGCGUCGCUCAGCUUUCCGAUGAUAUGUUGAGCUUUGUCUCACCACCUCGCGAUCUUCAAAUCCUGACGGAAUCUGGCGAGCCGAUUGCGGCGGAUGAUCAUGAAAGACGGUUCUUUGAAGCUGCGUGGAUGCAUCGCUAUCGUGGAAAGUACUACUUCUCAUAUUCGACCGGUGACUCGCAUUAUCUCGUCUAUGCUACGGGAGAUUCGCCUUUUGGUCCUUUUACCUAUCAGGGACGUAUCCUGGAGCCGGUCCUCGGUUGGACGACGCAUCAUUCCAUUGUUGAAUUCCAGGGACGCUGGUACUUGUUUUAUCAUGACUGUGAGCUUUCUGGGGGUGUGGAUCAUCUGAGGUCUGUCAAGGUUCGUGAGAUACUUUAUGAUGAAGAGGGAAAGAUCAGUUUGGCUUGA